GCAUAAAAAUUUUAAUGUCUCCGUUGAUAAUGCAAAGUCCCCCAUAAUUACUUGGAGUCGGUGCCAGCAUUAUCAUUCCCCACGAUUUUAUAUUUCUACUACCGAAUUCUGAUUCCGCAAAUAACUUAUUUUUAGUUCGAGAUCUUUACCACUUCUACGAUACUGGAAGAAAAUGAAACUUCAGAAAUGGGGAAAACACAUUCAUUAUUUUUGCACCGUAACUUUGUACAUUAUUUUCAUUCUUUGUGUUUUUAUGAACUUUUAUGUCCUUCUCAGUCGUGAAGAUACAAUCUACUAUCUAAGAAUCUAUCAUUUGAUUUGUGCACUUUUGAUGUUUUGUUGUGGAGUUAUACAAAUUGAAUUCUUGUACAGAACAAGAAAACUUCCAAAACUUGAUGACCCUCAUGAAAUACCAGAUCCAGCACUUAUCGGAGCAAUUGCUUUAACUCUUGGAAUUAUGCUCGGAUAUCUUUAUUUUAUAGUUUUUGAUUACGCUUUUCAAAGUUGCGACAAAUUAGUAGAUGCACUUUAUCCAUCUGAACUAUUUAUUGAAGCAAUUUAUGAUGUUUUAAUGGCAACAUUCUCAGGAUUAUCACUUAUUUAUAUUCUGCAUCGAAGAUUUUAUGGUGCAAUUAGUUCGAAUUUGGAUAAAGUUGGACGACUCUUCAUCAAUAUUACUUUUGCUGUUGUUUGGAUGAAAGUUGUAAUUUACAAAGGAUAUUUGAGUCAUCAGGAAUUGUGUCAAAGAAAAGAGCUUGAAGGUUAUUGGUGUCCCGUGAUCAAACGACAUUAUGAAUGUAAUCCAGCAUCCGAACUUCAUGGAACUCAGAAAAUGUGGUAUUACAUAAACAAAGGACUUCUUGCUUCGUCAAUCAUCUCAUGUGCUUCUGAAUUCUUUCCAAUUCUUCUUGUCACUCAUUGGUUAGCAUGUGGAGGUGCAGAGGAGAGAGCUGAAGAUAUUGAAAAACGAAUGAAAAGAAAAGAAGGAGUUCGUGGAAUGCUUCGUGAAUUCAUGAAAGAUGUUUCACGGGUCUAUGUAGAAAAUCCUGCACUGGAAAACAAGCCACUGAUCGUCAGCAAGUAUGUCGUCACGUUUUUCCUUCUUAUCGCACCGAUUGUCAUGAUUAUGUCAACACUUAAAUGGCUUUUCUAUUUUUACUACACUAUAGAUUUCGAUGAGCUAGUUGAUGAUCAUUAUAUGACAAAUGACUAUAUCAAUUUGGCUGCAAACAUUUGUCAAGUAUUCUUUUUCGGAGCCUUGUAUGCUUUUUCGAUAACAAUUGCAAAUGAAAGAUUAGAUGCUCAUCAUAAGGCACAUGCAAGAGGAGAUAUUUCAAUUCUUUUUGGAUGUUGUGUGGUUUUGCUCAUUAAACUGAUCUUACAAUCGGUAGAAAUUGAAUAUCAAAGGGUUGAUGGAUUUAUUAUAUGGUCAGACGCAAUUAUUCAAAAUGUUGAUUUAGUGAUGAUUCAUGUUACUCAAUGGUUGCAAUAUUUUGCAGUUCGACGACUUUUAGCCCUUUCGGAUAAGGAUUGUAUUGCAACGAAAAGAUUUUUGCCUCUGGCAUGUCUAGCAGGUCUUUUGCUUGCUUGGAUUCAUUUUGGAGUGACUUUCUUUCAAACUUCCCUUAUCAAAUAUCAACUGACCGAUGAAAAAUUCCCAUUCUCGAGCACAACACUUAUAUGUAUGAUCUUCACUCAAACAUUGUUCCCUGCUGAUUAUCUAUACGCAUUCACUGUUUCUGGAUGUUAUUUGGAAUUCCUCCAGAGAUAUCUUAAUAUGGGAUAUUUCCAACUUGGAGAACCACGUAUAACCACAGGCCAUGGAGGUCAUGGACACAGUCAUGGUCAUGGAUCAGCUGAUCAUGAGAAGCAUCAUAGUGAAGACAACCACAAAGACAAAGUAGCUUCUAUGUUGUAUGCAGCCAGUGUUUUGCAUAGAAAACGAUUUGAAGAACGAGGGAAUAGUACUUCAUCGUCAGAAGUUUCAACACGAAGUACUGUAUCUAUGAAAGAAGAAUAAAAAAAAUACAAAUCAAAAACAGGUCUCAUGUACAUACUUUUUAUAUUAUGCAAUAAUAAAUUAUUCACCAUUUUUG